GCUGUGCGGGCGGCGGACGCCGCGCAGAAGUUUGCUCAGCGCUUUCUUGCCGGUUGGUCCCGGACUCGCUCGGCUCCCGGAGCCGCCUCCUUUUGCCGCCGCCCUGUUCUCUCAGGAUUCCUUGUCUGCGAAGGACAGACGCCCUGCUUGCGGGAAGUUGUGGUGGACAAGGGGGAGUGCCGAGGAGGAGCGGCUGGGAACAAUCCCAGUGACAGCUUUGCGUCGGGACGCGGGGCGCGUGGGGCUCAGGCCGCAGCGAAUCUCGCCUACCUUCCCGCGGCCGCCGGGCUGGCGGGCAGGCAAUGCGGCCGCCAAGCCCCGCGGCAUCGAGAGGAAGGAGGGCGCCCCGGAGAGCUUAGACCUUGUUUCUGCCCACUUGGGUAAGGGAGCAUGGAGUUGUGAGCGCACCUCCCUCGGCGAGGCCGCCCGCGGCAGGCUCCCCAUGGCCGGGACGUACAGCUCCACUCUGAAGACGCUGGAGGACUUGACCUUGGACUCCGGGUAUGGGGCCGGGGACUCGUGCCGCUCGCUCAGCCUCUCGUCCUCCAAGUCCAACUCGCAGGCGCUCAACUCUUCGGCGCAGCAGCACCGCGGGGCGGCCUGGUGGUGCUACUCCGGCUCCAUGAACAGCCGCCACAACAGCUGGGACACGGUGAACACGGUGCUGCCCGAGGAUCCUGAAGUGGCCGACCUCUUCUCGCGCUGCCCGCGCCUCCCGGAGCUGGAGGAGUUCCCCUGGACCGAGGGAGACGUGGCCCGGGUGCUUCGCAAAGGCUCCGGAGGCCGGCGGCUGCCCCUCUUCUCCGCGGAGGCGGUGAGGCGCCUGGCGGGGCUCCUCCGAAGGGCGCUCAUCCGCGUGGCCCGCGAGGCGCAGCGCCUGAGCGUGCUGCACGCCAAGUGCACCCGCUGCGAGGUGCAGAGCGCGGUGCGCCUGGUGCACAGCUGGGCGCUGGCGGAGAGCUGCGCGCUGGCUGCAGUCAAGGCGCUGUCCCUGUACAGCAUGAGCGCCGGCGACGGACUGCGCAGGGGCAAGUCGGCGCGCUGCGGCCUCACCUUCUCCGUGGGCCGCUUUUUCCGCUGGAUGGUGGACACCCGCAUCUCUGUGCGCAUCCACGAGUACGCGGCCAUCUCACUCACGGCCUGCAUGGAGAACCUGGUGGAGGAGAUCCGGGCCAGGGUGCUGGCCAGCCAGAGCCCCGACGGCGGAGGGGCGGGAGGCGGGGAAGUGUCCGCCGAGGCCCUGGAAAUGGUCAUCAACAACGACGCGGAGCUGUGGGGCGUCCUACAGCCCUACGAGCAUCUCAUUUGCGGCAAGAACGCCAAUGGUGUCCUCUCCCUCCCAGCAUACUUCAGUCCCUACAACGGAGGGUCCCUGGGCCAUGACGAGCGAGCAGACGCCUAUGCUCAGUUGGAGCUGCGGACCCUGGAGCAAUCCCUCCUGGCCACCUGCGUGGGGAGCAUCUCAGAGCUGAGUGACCUGGUUUCCCGGGCCAUGCACCACAUGCAGGGGCGCCACCCGCUGUGUCCUGGCUCCAGCCCUGCCCGGCAGGCCCGCCAGCCGCCCCAGCCCAUCACCUGGUCCCCAGACGCCCUCCACACGCUCUACUACUUUCUGCGGUGUCCACAAAUGGAGUCCAUGGAGAACCCCAACCUGGAUCCCCCAAGAAUGGCCCUGAACAAUGAGCGGCCCUUCAUGUUGCUGCCACCGCUGAUGGAGUGGAUGCGCGUGGCCAUCACCUACGCAGAGCACCGCCGCAGCCUCACCGUGGACAGCGGCGACAUCCGGCAGGCGGCCCGGCUGCUGCUCCCGGGCCUGGACUGCGAGCCCCGGCAGCUCAAGCCUGAAUGCUGUUUCAGUUCCUUCCGGAGGCUGGAUGCCCGAGCGGCUACUGAAAGAUUCAACCAGGACCUCGGUUUCCGCAUGCUCAACUGUGGGAGGACGGACCUCAUCCACCAGGCCAUCGAAGCCCUGGGCCCGGAUGGCGUGAACACCAUGGAUGACCAGGGUAUGACGCCGCUGAUGUACGCCUGUGCUGCUGGGGACGAAGCGAUGGUUCAGAUGUUGAUUGACGCUGGAGCAAACUUGGACAUCCAGGUUCCAAGCAAUAAUCCCAGGCACCCCUCCAUUCACCCUGACAGCCGGCAUUGGACUUCGCUGACAUUUGCUGUGCUUCACGGACACAUCUCUGUGGUGCAGUUACUGCUGGACGCCGGGGCCCAUGUGGAGGGCUCAGCAGUGAAUGGCGGUGAGGACAGCUACGCAGAGACGCCCCUGCAGCUUGCCUCCGCGGCUGGGAACUACGAGCUGGUCAGCUUGUUGCUGAGCCGAGGCGCUGACCCUCUCCUCAGCAUGCUCGAAGCCAACGGCAUGGCGUCCUCCCUCCAUGAGGACAUGAACUGCUUCAGCCACUCUGCUGCCCAUGGCCACAGGAAUGUCCUGAGGAAGCUCCUGACGCAGCCACAACAGGCCAAGGCAGACGUGCUGUCUCUGGAGGAGAUCCUGGCCGAGGGCGUGGAGGAAAGCGAUGCAUCCAGCCAGGGCAGCGGCAGUGAGGGGCCCGUGCGGCUGAGCCGGACCCGCACGAAGGCUCUGCAGGAGGCCAUGUACUACAGCGCAGAGCACGGCUACGUGGACAUCACCAUGGAGCUGAGGGCGCUGGGUGUCCCCUGGAAGCUGCACGUCUGGAUCGAGUCCCUGAGGACCUCCUUCUCCCAGUCCCGGUACUCGGUAGUGCAGAGCCUCCUGCGGGACUUCGGCUCCAUCAAGGAGGAGGAGUACAACGAGGAGCUGGUGACCGAGGGCUUACAGCUCAUGUUCGACAUCCUCAAGACCAGCAAGAACGACUCUGUCAUCCAGCUGCUGGCUGCCAUCUUCACCCACUGCUAUGGCAGCAGCCCCGUCCCCAGCAUCCCAGAGAUUCGGAAGACCCUGCCGGCCAGACUAGAUCCUCACUUUUUGAACAACAAGGAGAUGUCGGAUGUGACCUUCCUCGUGGAAGGAAAGCUGUUUUAUGCACAUAAAGUCCUGCUGGUUACAGCGUCUAACAGGUUCAAGACGCUGAUGACCAAUAAAUCAGAGCAAGAUGGAGAUAACAGCAAAACCAUUGAGAUCAGUGAUAUGAAGUACCACAUUUUUCAGAUGAUGAUGCAGUACCUGUACCACGGAGGCACGGAAUCCAUGGACAUCCCCACGGCCGACGUCCUGGAGCUGCUGUCGGCUGCCAGCCUGUUCCAGCUGGACGCCCUGCAGAGGCACUGCGAGAUCCUGUGCUCCCAGACCCUCAGCGUGGAGAGUGCCGUGAACACCUACAAGUAUGCCAAGAUCCACAACGCCCCAGAACUGGCCCUGUUCUGUGAGGGCUUCUUCCUCAAGCACAUGAAGGCCCUGCUCGAGCAAGACUCCUUCCGGCAGCUGAUCUACGGCCGCAGCAGCAAGGUGCAGGGCCUGGACCCGCUGCAGGACCUGCAGAGCACGCUGGCCGAGCGCAUGCACUCUGUCUACAUCACCUCCCGCGUGUGAGGCAGGCGGGCGACCGCGGGAGUGGGAAAGGCUGGGAGCAGGUGCUGCUGGGGUGGCCUGGCCCAGCGCGUAGCCAGGGCUCACUGGGCGGUUUCCCUCUCCUUCCCCGGACAUCUCGGUGUCGCUCUGUCCUUGGGCCGGCAGAGGUACCCUGCGCCCCGUCACUGGGCAGCCCCACCCUCAACCCCUUAGCCCCAGGGCUAUUUGCUCGCAGUAGUGGGCAAAGGGCAGCUGUGGCCAAAAGAUGCCCCACCCCCCCAGUACCAUUUGCACCUUGAGGGCUGCCGUGCACUCACCUGUGUCUGCCCCUUCUCCCUCCUGGAGGUCAGCAGCUCACCCUGCUUCACCUCUGCUCCAAACCGCUUCUGACGGUGCCCUCCAAGCUCUAACCACCCCACUCCCCCGGCCUCAGGAAGCUCAGACUGUCCCAACGGGGGCUUGGGGAGCGUCCUUAUGAAUGUAUAUUCUGGGCACCUGGCCAUCUCAUUCAAAGCUGGUCUUUUUCCUCAGUGUCUUGUUGGAAAGGCCACCCACUUAUUCCUCAAGGCCGUGCCUCUGAAAGGCUUGACGCUGGCCUGUAGGGGGCCUGGGGCGCCCUGCACAGAGGACCACUUUGAGUCCCAUUUUCUUGGUGUCUGGACCUUACAGGGGCCUCCUUUGGGGACCGUCCACCUGCUUUGUUAGUGGUAGAAGGCAGUUCCCCAGCUGAUGCCUUCGGAGCGUUCAGGCUGAGCCACAGGUGGCAGGAGGUGUGUGGAGUCCAUGGAGGAGCCUGGUAACCUCAGCUUUUGUUGUUGCUGCUGGUUUUAGGGGCCACUGUAAAGGGGUCAAGUCUGAAACCCCAGGCCUCUGUGGGGUCAGGACACAGAGCCCUAAAUGUCCCCUCGGGUCUAAUUUCUCAAGUGAAAGAGUCCUUUCAUUUGGACUGGGGAGUACACACUUCUCACUGGGAACAGAGGGUCUUAGGGAACUAAGGGAUGGGGCACGGUGGCAGGGGAGGGCGGGGAGGGACCUUCUGCUGCUUCCCUUCUCCUACUUGCCCUGACGUCUGCGGGCUCUCGUGCAGUGGACACACAGCACCAGGCCUGGACCUUGUCGUAUUUAUGGACCAGACACUGGGGGUGCAUUCUAGACAGCUUGCUCUGGGUGUAGCCUUCUUCAGCUGUCUGGCCGCACCUUAGAAACUAUUUAUUCACCAAAUGCCCCGGGCAUUUCAGGCAGUGUCACAUCAGUCACCUUGAAAAGCCCCCAGGGACUUGCAAUCCUGGAAAAUAUUUUCGACUAGCUGCUUGACCUGGAUGUACAAAGAAAUAGGUGUUAUUUUAUUGCUGUAAUAUUGUAUGAUACUGUAACUAUACAUUAAUGUCGUCACAUUGUAAAUGUACUAUGGUUUUAAUAACAAUAAACACUUGUUAACAGUC